AGCGACGACGAACCACACAAAAAUUGCUGCUGCGAAAGGUGAUGAUCACCAUCGGUCCAGAAUGAAGAAGAGUGUUUGCGCGUCGAAAUUGUGCGAAAAUUGUGCCGAAAAUCUCGCGAUCCGGUCGUAAAAACGGUGUUCAAACUGUGCUCGAGUGUCCCGCGGUCGGCGGAAGUGUGAAAUCGAUCCCGGAAAGCAGCUGCCAGUAGCCGAAAACGAUGGCCAUGUCCAGCUGGAUGAUACGCAAUCGGAGCCAGCGACAGAGAAGUCGCCCCGCGCCGGAAGAUUGCUACCGUCUGGAUCUGGCCAAAACGAUCCGGGACAACGCUCAGGACAUCUACGUGGGCCUCAGCGCCCGAACAACAAACGAAAACAAACGACUCAGUCUACUGAAUGGACUAGUGAAACUAAUCGAACGAUGGAAAAAGGAAAACACUCUCGGCAGCUGUCCGCUGCUGAUCAGUGGGAGUCCCCAGAGGCGGCUCCUGCAGCAACGGGAAGGUGCUCUGGCAUUUGCCGCGUCGGAGUGGCUGUACUGCAUCAGCGCCUCGCUGGUGCACCAUUUUACGCAAAUCCGAGCUGGAGCGCUGAGAGCGAUGCGCCAUCUGCUGAUGGCACCGGGGGAUGUGAGGGCGCUAAAUGAACUUCAGUUGGGACAUUUGAUCUGUAGGAGUUUGGAUGUGUUGUUGAAGAACGAGGAAGAACGGGUACAGGCGCUCAAGUUGGUCCGGAAGCAACUGAUGGUUGCUCCGGAAUUUGUGAGCCCUGCCGUGGUGCGGUGUUUGGUGUCACUGGGGGAAAGCGGAGCCGAGGAAAGAACCGUGCGGAUGGAUAGGGAAGAUCGAAUGUUGCGGGCCUGUUUGGCUACGCUGUGCGAGUUUGGAGUUCUGAAUCCGAGGCUGCUGAUAGUUUGCGGUGGGGUGAGUGUAAUCACCCGGAAUGUUUUGGAGUGUCACAGUCCGCGGAUAGCGGAAAGUCUGUGUGGAGUGUUGUUGCACCUGCUGGAAUGGCCAAAAACUCGACAGAUUGCCGGCGUCCGGCUGGACUGCCUGGGUGCUCCGUAUUGUGAUUUCACCUAUCGUCUAGGGAUUAUGGAUAAAAACAAGGAUGCUCGCGACUUACGGUUUACCUGUAGUCGACUGGCGCUGCUGUCGGUGUUGCGCAGCUGGGCAGGGACGAUCGAGUUUUGUAAUCCGGCGAAGCCGUCGGGAUUGAAAGCAAUCAUUGAUAUACUUUACCUGAAUCAACUGGAGGUGCGCAAAGCUGUGCUGGAUCUGCUGUACGAAUUGCUAGGUCUUCCACAGCUCGUCUGGACAGACGAGUAUUCCGUUGCGCUGUCCGUAGUCGAUCCGGCCGAGUACCAGGACUCAUGGCGUCUGAACGAGGGUUUUGUCGCAGCGGAAGGAACCUCCGUGCUUCCAUCGCUUGCCAGUCGUGUGCCAAACGUUUCCGACAUUCACCUCGCUUUGCUCCUUUACUGCUUCGUUGAGAAUGGGCUGCUGAAUGCCCUGGUAGAGGUGAUCAUCUCGAGCGAUACCUUCAUUUCGGUUCGUGCGACAAUUCUGCUGGGGAAAAUCCUACAUCAAAUGCACCUGCUGCUGCCGGCGGAAAUUUGCAGCGCAACGCCAUCCUCUACACUGCCGACUCUAAUCUCGAAAGCCAUGGAAGGAAACCAUCAGGCCAAGGCGGCCAUCGCUGCCCUCCAGCAGUUCCAUCAAAUGCUACAAAAUCGACCGGCUUCCUGUUCGCUCUUCCUCGAUUGCAUCAUCCAGAGCGGGGAACUGAUCAACACUAGGAUAUUCAAGCGGGAGCUGAGUUCGCAGGAAACAGUUCCCUUGCCAGCAACCAAAUACGCGACCCUGGACAGCAGUUCCGGGUUCGGGACGAAACGCACUCGUCACGAUUCGGUCGGAUCGACGGGUAGCUCCAGUGGUGGUGGAGGAGGUGUCGGAGGUCGCCUAGGCUAUCUAUUCACGGGAAGUCUGCCCCUGCAGAAUGGAUCUACGCUGGACGACAGCGCCACGGUUACAGCGGGAAAGGCCAACGGUGUGAAGCGGUCCAGUUUGAAGCGGGCUCGCUUCAUUCAAUUUUUCGAUAAUCUCAAAGAAAACGAACGACUCAUCAGGGACUCCAAUGUGCUGGGCAACAAGGAUCCGAACAUGUGGGACUGGGACAUAGUGAUCACGAUCUUCCGAUCGGACAGUUUGGGAAGCAAGCUGGACGAUCAGAAUACGCGGUUCAUCAAGAGGAUUAUCGAUUACUUCAAACCGAGCAACAAUCGCUUCUCGCAUCAGGAUCUGACCGGAAACAGCCGGCAACUGCCGGCGUACGUCACGGCAGCGCUGGAACUGCUCGAUUGGUUGCAGCAGAGUCAGGAGCUGGAAUGCAUUCGCAUCCUGACCGAUCUGUUCACGGACAUCAGCCGCCAGUUGAUGUCGAUCCACGCCAAAAAGUCAGCCCACGAGUGUCUGUUCAGCCCGCAGCACAUGACCAGCACCAUGUGUCAGCAGUACUUCCUAUUCAUCGGCCGAAUGUGUCGAACGGAGAAGGGACUCAGCGUGCUGACCAAUACGGAUGUGUUCAAGGAAUUGACGACAAUCGUUACGAAAACCAAUCACAUCUGCUACGUGAAGCUGAUCGUUUCCGGGCUGGACUACAGUCUGGACGGUGAACCGCGGAAGAUCUUGCUGCGAGCGUUACUCAAACAUCCCUCGGCCAAAGCUCGACUGUAUGCUACGCAGUUCCUGCGGGUUUUGCUCCGGGCUCGCCUGCCUGAUUUCGAGGUGUGGGGUGUUCAGAUUCUGCUGAAGCUGGUCGACGAGUGUCAGGCCAAGUGCGUUCAACUGGCCGCCUUGGAAAUCCUGGAAGAGGCCUGCUACGAACGGGAAUACCUUGAGGAACUGGUCAACGUUUGGCCCAAUCUGGAACGGGUCGCCGAUCACGGAAAGCUAGUCAUGAUGAAGUUCUAUUCGAUACCGAGAGGCUUGAACCAUCCGGAUGCGAAGAUCAAGGAGGAAAUUGACGUGUGGGUUAAGGUUUACAAUAAGAGAUAUGUCCUGUUGAUCGAGGCCGACAUCCACGCUUACCUGACGCAACACACCAAAACCGAGGAUGGGACGUACAGCCGCCGACAUUGCGCUCAGCGGCCUGGCGUCACCGCUCCGAACAUGUUACCACAUCUGUACGGCCAACUGGUGCAGAAUUCGCAGGGCAUGUCCAAUCUGCAGAUGCACGGUGAUCUACAGAACUUGAUCGAAACCCUUCUGCAUGCCAAAUGCAGCAACGAGAAGGACGUUAUGACGCUUAAGGCAGCCAUGUGGGCACUUGGUCACUUCUGCACCUGCAAGGAGGGAGUUUCCUACCUGAACGAUUUCCCCGCGACCGUAUUCGAACAGUUCGUACAGCUGGCAAAGUACGCCGAAGUCUACUCUGUACGAUCAACUGCCCUCAAUUGCCUCUGCCUGAUUGCCACCACCCAAAUGGGGGCCGACAUUCUUCAAAAACUUGACUGGAUAUCGGUCCGACAUGACAGGAGCACCUACUGGCCCGUCUACGAACCGGAGGAAUGGUUCCCAAAGCAGUUCAAUACUCCCGUUCGGCACAACUACGAAUUUCCGCCGUACAACUACACGGCUCUGCUGGAAACGAACGAGCCACUCCUGCCAACCGAAGUCGACGACCACCUGAUCGUAUCCAGGAUGGAGAGCACCUCCGUCAGUGAAGACCAAAGCGAUUGCCCAACUACGACUACUUCCCGCUCGAAAACUCUCCCAGAAAGUGUCCUUGCUACGAACCGAACUCCAGCCUCCCAGAAACACAAACGCUCCCUAUCGGAAUCGAAAACGACCGACGGCAUCAGUCUGAUGAGUACGACGGCACCGGCGACUUCCAAUCAGAAUCCCGUCCUCUCGUCACACCCAAGGACCCGCUAUAAUUCCGGAACAGAUUCCAACACGUCCGGAGUGAGUAGCUACGAAUCGAUCUUUGGCGGCCGGUUCCACGCGGACAUGAUGCAGCAGGGUCAACUGUCUCCCAUUCCGAGCAGUUCGAAUCUGAUCGAUCUUAAGAAGUUGUCUUCAGAGGAAAAAUACCGGCGGAUAUCGCUGACCGGACUGCCGCUGAAGGAAUCCAUCGUUAUGACGGCUCAGGACCUGUAUGGUUACAAUACUAUGCGGAUACUGCGGCGACGCUGCCGGCCCAUGUUGUCCGAAUCGGCGGCGGACGAGCUGGCGGAAAUGAUGGAAGAUACCAUGGCCAGCGUAACGUCGUCAUCAUCCACUUCGACGAUAUCACGCUUCCGACUGAGGGCUUCCAAAGCCCUUACCGAGCAGCAGAGGAAGCUAAAGGUCCGUAGCCUGGACCGGAAUUAUAGCCUCAAUGCCAUGAUGGGGUAUGAUGAAUUCCGGCAGAGCAUACGGCUCAAACAUCAGAGACUUCAACUGCAGGCGGACGUCAGAGGUCCCUGCUAUGCAGGUAUCUGUCUCCCACGCAACAUCCAGGACUUAUUCCCGAGGGAGGAAUCUACCGGUACGUACGUCUCGAACUUCACCCUGAACGAACUGGAUGCAAACUAUUCCGGCGAGUUGGACUCCCGAGAUGGUAAUGCAACCGCCAGCAGUAUACUGAUCGUAGAUCGCGAAUCGGCAGACUCCAUCAAGCUGCUGCGGGCCAACUCGGUCGACAGUAACGGCACUGGUCACGUCCGUGACGAUUGUCUCCAGUGCUGCCGUCGGCGGAUCGACCCAUCCGGUAUGAGCACCAGCAGCCGGAGCGAGUUCUUCAACUCUUCCGAGAGCUCCUUCAGCGACGAGGUGGACCGGACACGGACCAGCAUCCUGCGGCACGUUCAACGGAUGGCCAAUCCCGUGUGGAGCAAGCAGAGCCGAACGCAGCUGUUGGAACUCAAACAGAAACAUCCCAGUGCGUUCCAGGACAUAUGCCUGUACUCGGAAGUGUGCCAGCAGCUGGGACGGAACACGUACCGUCUCGGCUCGCGGCGAUUCCUGCAGGAGCUGUUCCUCGAUUUGGACUUUGGCAGUUUCUACCGGGAACCGGGAGAGAUUUCCAGCGCCCGAAUCGAUCGGUUACACUCGGAUGAAUCUGAACGGGCGUUGAACGGGGGGGAUGUGUCCCCUUCUGGUUCCGGAACGAAGCCGAAGAAAACGACAGGAGUGACGAAGAGUAGCAGUAGUAGUGGUGAUAAUAGUGGCAAUAGUGCUAGUGGAAGUAGGACUAACUACAGUGUGAAGGCGAAUCAGGAAGCUAGCAAUACGCAAUCGAACUCGAUCGAUAAUGAGAAAAACCGCAAUAAUAUCCCUUCCGGCGAGGUGGCCGCCGCUGGUGGAACUAGUAGUGCUAGUAGUAGUAGUAAUAGUAAUGUGAACGGUAUUAGUGAUAGUAGUGGUGGUAGUGCUGGUCUCGCAAUCAGCAAGCCACAGCACCUGAGAUCGCCUCCGUUGGCCAGUUUGUACGAGACCAGCGUGGAAAAUCUGGCCGAGAUGAGUUCGACCCCCAAGGAGACUGGACUGCGCGUGCAGGUUGCCCUCGGGCAGAUGGAGAGGCACGAAAAGGCUCUGAACCGCCACUCGACCGGCACGGACGUACCGGACGGUAUCACCAAAGAUUCCUCCAGCCGCUAUGACGACGAUGAUCCAUCGUCGUCCUCGUCAUGCUCCGGAGCAGCUCCCCACAACCAAAAUACCAAAUAUAGGACACGACCGCGCUUCAACACGCUGGAGCUGGAUCUGAGCUGUACCAAAAACAAGUUCCCCAUCCGAAGGGAUCGUGGAUCCGGAUCGGGCCGAAGCUCGGACUACUCGCCCACGACUCCGACGGGGGGAAUCAUAACGACGUUCGGUGUGACGAUCCUCAGCUCCGGGGAAAGCAGCUCGGUGACGAGUCCGACCAGUUGCGGCGGUGGUGCGGGAGUGCAACCGGAAAUGCCACCACUGUUUUGCGAACAGCGACUGGAGCAGCAGCUCAAGGGAUCCAAAUCGGAGGCCGCGCUGAUGACCAAGAAGUAAAAAUGUGUCUCCGUUGUGAAUGUGUGUGUGUCGAUGGCGACUGUGAGUCCGUUUUAGAUGUGUUGAGUUGAGUUCAUCAGGUGGAAAGUGUUUUAGUUUUUAAUUUUAGGCAACGUGAUUGGUGGUUUUAGAAAGUUUCUUUUUUUUACAGACUAAUGAAUUGACAUCAAAUGCGUUUUCAAGAUGAAUUGCGCCACCCAGUAAUGGUUGAGAAUUGGAGACCUUCUGACUAUAGCCAAUUUACUAUAAUGAUUUCAAAAAAUGCUUCAAAUGCUCUUCCAAUGGGGCUUUGGACAAAUUUGAAAGGUGUUUUGCGUAAGACGCUCUGAGAUCCCAUAAAAUCUUCAAAAGAACCCUCAAACGCUGUUGGAUGGACCUUAGUUUUCAAAAACUUUCGCAGCAGCUAAUUUCAUAAUUUAGCCGAGUUCCGAAAUCUCGCAAAGUUGACAACUCCCAGACGAUUAAACAUUUUGGUAAGCCCCAGAAGAUUUAAUAUUUGACCUGAAAUCUUGAAAAUUUUGCUAUGUUCGAGAAACUUGAUCAAUUUCCCAAAUUUGGCCAAAAUCUUAGAAGCUUGAUAACCUAAUUUGGUUAAAUCAAUUCCCUGGAUCAUUGAUCAAUUCCUGCAAAGUUAUAAUAAACUGUCUUGUUUCUGGAAGCUCGGCAUUGCUCUAUGCUGCAGAAUGGUAAAAAUUUAGCUAGUUCCCGGAAACUUGAAUGUUUGGGAAAUUCUUGUAUAGUAGGUA